AUGAGACUCGCCACAGAUGAGUUCCUUUUUGAGAGGUGGUCUGCUGGAACUGCUGAAAGUGGAACCUCUAAAGGAAUUGAAAACUUGUCUGAUCUUUUACAGUAUUUCAAACGAGAAACGGACAAAUGGUUUCCUAACGCUGGUCUUAUUGUCUUGUUUUUAAUGAAGCAGAAGAACCAGGAUAAUUACAGUAUAGUUAAGAAGGUUUGUGAUUUGGAUAAGGGAGUUGCUUCGCAGUGUUUAACUGCUGACACAUUCCGGAAGAUGGGGGCUGGUCGAUCUGGGACUCGUGCUGUUGCGCACAAUAUAUGUUUGAAAAUCAAUGUUAAAAUGGGUGGUGUAAACAGCAGAGUGUAUCCAUCUAGUCCGAGGUGGGCGAAAUUUUUCGAUCGAGACAGUCCGACUUUACAUGUUGGGAUUGAUGUUACUCAUCCAGUUCAGGGACGUGGAGGUAACUCGAUAGCUACUGUGGUUGCGAAUGUCGAUAUUGAGGGAUCAAGAUACGAGGUCUCUGUAAAAGUUCAACUACCUGAUCAAGAACGUUUGGUUUAUAUGGCUGACGCAUUACGGGAGCGGAUUCUUGCAUUUAACGAAGUUAAUAAAAGGCCGCCUGAACAUAUUGUUUUUUACAGAGAUGGAAUUUCGGAAAGUGAGUUCCAAGGGACAAUGGGCGAGGAAUUACACUCAGCAAAGGCCGCAUGUUUCAAACUUGGUGAAGAAUACCGACCGACAAUGUCGUACAUUGUCAUUCAAAAGAGGCAUCACACCCGCUUCUUCGUCAACGACGAAAGUGAUGGAAUUGGGAAAAUGCGCAAUAUCCCCCCAGGUACAGUUGUUGAAGAAGAAGUUACUUCUCAGGACUAUUCAGAUUUCUUUCUAGCGUCUCACCGUCUCAGAUUACUUAUAUUGGAUUUGGGUUUGUUAAAUUACUAUUUGGGAACAACUAGGCCUUGUCACUAUUAUUUGCUUUAUGACGAUUGGGGCUGUACAUCUGAUGAAUGGCAGGUUGGUUUAGGAUUUUACAUAAUUGCUUCUUUUGCAAAUGAACUUACUUUCGGAUUAUGUCAUCAGUAUGCUAGGACUAAUAAAUCUGUCUCCAUUCCAGCACCGGUUUUUUAUGCUCAUCUUGCUUGUGCGAGAGCCAGUGUUCACUCAUAUGCUCUACGAAAAAAGGGCGAUCGUGAAGUUAGGCAAUCAGAACUGAGAGCAUCGGCGGAAGCUCCACAAAUGGGGCCAAGUAUUGAUUCUAUAGGGAUAAUCCGCAAAGGUAAGAUAGGGCCUGUCGAGUUGUAUGUGUAG